AUGUUCAAAACCAAACAACAACAACAGACUCAAAAACGAGUGUCUUCUUCGUCAUCGUUACAAGGAGUAAAUUCCGAAGCUUCAAAGAUCAUGAAUAUCAUUUCAUCAAAAUCCUCACCAUUAACUUCCACAUUUUCAUUUCAAACUCAUCAUGUUCAAUAUUGCUAUCCUUUAUCGAUAAAUAAGAAGAAUCAAUACACUCCGACUGUAAAAAUAACAAAAUUACACGAGAAAAAACCGUCACUUAUAUGUACUCAAGAUGAAGUGAAACAAAUACCAAAUAAUGAACAAAUAUUGAAUGUAUUAAAUGAUAUAUUUAAUGAAAAAUUGAAUACAAAAUAUAAUGGAAAUGUUUACGAAUAUAAAAAGAAUGAAAAGGAACGACAUUCUAUCAAAGUCGAGUCAAGUAUGGAAGGAAUUGACUUGCAAUUAUUUGAUGAUGUUCCAAUGGAGUCAGUGAAUGAGCAAGAUGAGGAGUUGAAGAAAAAAGCUCUCCAAGAUUUAAUGGAUGAAGGUGUUGACACAAUUAUGGAUCAAUACAAAUUACCCAAAAUUUCCAUGUUUGGAGAGGAUUACUCUUCAUCUGAUGAGGAAUCCAAAACCAGCAAGAAAUUUAAAAAAAAGAGAACUAAGGAAUUUGCCUUUCUUGAAGAUAGUGACGAAGAAAUCGAAGAGAAUUUGUCCAAGGAAAUUGCAGUGGCUGGUGAAGAAGAAAGUGAAGACGAAACAAAUGUUGCUGAUGAAGAAUUUUUGAAGAGCAAAGCGCAAGAAACACAAGGCUACAUCAAGUACAGUAAACUCAAAAAAGAAAAGGCAACAACGGUUCAUCCUGGCAGUAAAAAGCGAAAAGCAAACGCAGAAUGGGAUAAAAUUAAAAACAUGAUGAAAGAAAAAGAAGAAAAGAAGAAUGAAGAACAAAAUAAAUCCAACAUUAAUGAGGAUUGA